CCAAAAAAAGAUCAGCAUGGACGAUAUAACAGCCUGAUCAAUGAACUGACAGAGUAGAUCUCAACAGAGACCAGUGAAGCUGGAUAGACGGUAGAUUGCAUUUCAGAACUAAACAAGACAUAGCAGACGUUAUGCACAUACAGAACUGGGUAGUGCAGCUGUUUCUGAUGGAGAAUCUGGCAUGCUGCGUUUGCGUUUAACGCCGAAAAAUGAUCGCCUUUCUUUCGCGCAUGGCUAAAUCUUCCCUCGAGAUCUCCAUGAAGAAGGUCUUCCUGCCAGGAUCUCACCGUUACUAUGAUAUCAGUGGAGCCAUCGCGCAUGGAGGUGAAACGAGAGGUGUUUGAUUCGACAUGAGUGCAGGCGCUCAGUGUAGAUGGAGUCUCUGAAUGCCGUAGAGCUCCGUGAACUGGGGGAUGGGAGCGGCCGGGAAUCACAGCAGGCCUCAUCAGCACCGCGGACAGCGACCGGCAUCGAAAACGCGUCGUUCGAGGAUGAAGAACAGGGAACGAGGAUCCGUGUUACGUCGAGAACAUGUGGACCCGACUGCAUGGCGACCGAGCACCAGUCAAAUCCAACGCGUAUUCAGAGAGAAGUGACCUCCCCGCGCUCCGACGACGAGCCCGAGCUCGAAUACAACGACAAUUCGGUGGACUACGGUUUCAUAUGCGCGCUCAUAUUCCUCAUCAGCGGGAUAAUAUUGGUUGUAAUAGCCUACACGAUCCCCAGAGAGGCCAGAGUCAAUCCGGACCAGGUGACAGCGCGCCAGAUGGAAAAACUGGAGAUGUAUUACGCGCAGCUCGGUUCGCACCUCGACAAAUGCAUUAUAGCGGGACUUGGCUUGCUCACACUUGGGGGGAUGCUCUUAUCUGUUUUGUUAAUGGUGUCUAUAUGCAAAGGGGAACUGUAUCGCAGGAGAACUUUCGCCAGGAGACACAUGAAGUCGUACGGAUCUGUUAAUAUGAGAAUGAGACAGUUGGCGGAGGGUGAUGGGAGGGACGCGCUCGUGGAGUGUGAACCGAGCGCUGCCACUGACGCCACGAACGGUAAUGAAGCUCCUAGCGGAGCGCAAAGCACGUAGCACAACCGGAUCACAAGGGUUAGAUACAUUUUCAAAAGGAAACAUCCAUUCUUGUAAGGCAGCAAAGAGGGUUCAGGUUUUGGGUAAGUUUUUCAGUGACUUGACUUAAAAUUGCAUUUUGAUGUAUACAAAGGUUAUGAGGAGAAAUGUUGGUAAAGGUGGAACCUUGGACCUUGUGGAGUUUGCACAAAAUGUUCUUUGUAGUGUUUCCACAGACUGUAAAAUGGAAAAAAUAUGAACCUUUAAAAUUGUUCCUCUUUCGGAUCACCUUUGUUUUUAUUUUGAAGCUAUAAGCAUUUUUUAAAGCCUACACAAAGUAAUGGAGAUAUGAAGAAUGUACGAUUAUAAAUACACUGCUGCCUUGCAAGGACUGCAGUCAUUUUAAGAUCCAGAGCAACAUGCACAACAGAAUGUUAGAGAACAAUGAUUAAUGUCAAAGACCUUUGAUAGAAAGCACAACGGUCAGCCAUCAUAAAGCCAAACUAACUCAACAUGCUGCAAUAUAAACCGCCAUCAGCUACUUUACAAAACUUGAAAUAAAUGUCUGUAUAAUCUUCACUAGAACACUAUGAAUGGAAUACGUGUAAACUAUUAUUAUCCAAGGAUGCGAUAUGCCUUAAGAUGUUACAAAAGUUCAUUAUAUACCGUGAACACAUUUAAACUUGUUUAUUUGUAAAAUGUUAGUGUUUUGUAGGACUUUGAUGUAUAUGUGGUCACUUACAUGUUACGUCACCUCACGUUCACAGAGUAGAGGACAAUGCCAUGCUACCAAGAGAACACACAGACGUAUGAAUGCAUAACAUUUGAAAUGAAAUAUCUAUUUUACAGUAUCUGACAUUAGUAUAAAUGUGCUUAAUAAUAACAAAAAUGUGAACAUUUACUGCGAUGGUGCAAUAUGUCUAUAUUCCAGUAGAAAAUAUAUAUUUCCAUAGCAAUGUUCGGUUUCAAUCACACAACAGAUGCUUUAAGAAAUAUUCUCAACACCCCUUUUAAAAAGAAUAGUUAAGCAGGACACUAUGGUCGCAUUUGACAUUCACGUGUAUUUGAUCGCUCAUACAGCUGGCUAUAUUAUGGCCUUUGUUCCUGCUGAGGUAGUAACUAUUAUAAAGUACACUGCUCGAAAAUACAAGACUGUAAUCAAACUAAGCAGAAACCUAAGAACAGGAGAUGUAUCGCACAUUUUAGAUGUAGUACAGAUAACAGUACAAUAGCCUUCUAUUUGUGAGAGAAAAAACUCAUUUACUUCAGUCUCAGGAAGUGAAUGUUUGGAGUCAUUUUUUGCCAGUAGGUUAAAAUCUUUAAGUUAAAGGAGUAGUUCACCUUCAAAAUGAAAAUUCUGUCAUGGUUUAAACGCCCAACCUGUUUGACUUUCUUUCUUCUGCAGAACACAAAAGACGAUAUUUUGAAAAAUGUUGCAGGUAACAGAAAACCAUUGGUCCCCAUUGACCUGCACCGGUUUUGUAUACAUGCAGUAGAGGUCAAUGGGGACCAAAUAUCUUCAAAGAAAAUCUCACAGGUUUAAAAUGACAACAGGGUGUGUAAAUGAUGGUUUUCCAUUCUGAAGGUGAAUUAUUCCUUUAUAAGAAGAAUAGAGCAACACUUGUGUUUGUUCCUGUUAAGGUGAAAGCAGUUUGUGCGGAUGACAUGAGCACAUGGUGACAAAUGCAGAGAAUAUUGUACUUAUGAUACAAAUCUUUCCUCUAUAUAAAUAUAACAUCUACAGUUGGUAUUUAUUUUCCAGUAGACGACAUUCCAGUUUAUUAGGAUUCUUUAAAAAAAAUGUUUACUAAACAUUGAGGGGCAGUUUCCUGGACAGGGAUUAUUUUAAACCAGGCCUAGGCCUUAGUUAAAAAAGGAUAUUUAAAUCAUUUUUAAAAACAUAAUUAAAAAAAAACAUUACAGGUGUACAUCUUGAGACAAAACAAUCACACUGAUAUAUUUUAGGGAAUGUCAUUGCAAGUUGUUUUCGAUCAAGAAACUUCCAACAUUUAAAUGAAUCUGGGACUAGUUUUAAACCCAGUCCGGGAAACCGCCCCUGAAAGUCUACACAUUGUGUACACAAACUUUACUAUAUAUUGUCCUUAUCAAAUAACCUAUUUGGUGGGUGUAAUUUGUGACGACAUGGGUUUAAACAACUAUAAAAUGUUCCAUGUUCUGCCUGAUGCAACUUUAAGUGCUGAACUCGAUUAGUUGGAUGUUUUGAUAUUCCAUCAUUUUGUAUUGCAUCAAAAAAUUGUACUAUAUAUAGAUGUCAUUUAUUAACUUUAAGAUGUUGGCUAUAGUCUGAUGUGAUAGGGUAAAAAGGAAAAGUGUAUCAUGUCUUUGUGUAAAAUAUUGUCUUGUAAGCACAGAAGAAUUUGUAUUGAGGACACAACCGGUAAUCCACCAGUGUCACCACGCCAGCUGCAUACACAGUGUUUGUCUUAUUACAGUGUUACAGUGGUCAUGCACAAGCCCAUUAACUAAAUAUUAAACCACUGUAUUAAUAAAACAACCCUAAAUGUAAAGCUUUAACUCGGACCUGAAUAGAAAAGAGAAAGUCACAUUGGCUGUUGUUCGGAAUGGAACACCACUGUGUUGUUCACCACAUACUGAAGAAAAUAAAGUAUACUGUUAAAAGGUAGUUGAAAAGUAUGCAAAAUACAAAAUAUAUAAACAAAUGCUUUGGCACGGUGUCACACAUUGCAUGCUCAAUUCUGCAGCACUAUUCAGUUAUUUCGACAAUUUCAUUGCUAUGCGUAACUAUUUAAUGAGGCGGCUAUUUUGUAUCAAAUUGUACGUUCUCAUUUGUGCGUUUUACUACAAUCUGCCCCACCGUUAAAGCCUUUAGGGGUUAAGGGUUUUCAGGGGCUUCAUUAUUGUUAUUUUAAAAGAAAAAUUCAGAUUCUAUCCAUAGUAAACAUUUUCCACACUAAAGAAUAAGUAGCAGUAUGGCUGUGUGCUGUUCCACAGAGCACUGAAUUUCAAAUGAGCACAAUAAAGGGGUUUGUAUUUGUCUUCGAUAAUGAAAAACACAUGCUUGGCUUUGUUACUAAAUUUGCAUCGGUGUAAAAUGUGUGAAGGUUAAUCAAGGAGAGAGCGGCGCAAUGAACCGCUGCACUCCAAUACUGCAGAUAGUUGUGUGCACAUUUUUUAGGGGCCAUGCAGACUGUUAUCCCAUUUUUACUCUUUUUGUUUUUAAAGUGAAAGCAAUGUCGCUGCACUCUGGUAAAUCCCACUUCUUUAAAAAUGUAGGAGGAGUGAACUGCAUGUGUACUAUGUGAGAUGUGCAUUUGAAUUCUGUAACCUCCUGUAUGUCCGAGGCAAAUGUUCACCUUUUGAUACAGUUUCCAUGUGUGAAAUAAACUAUAACAUUUUUGUUGUUA